AUGGUCAAAGAUACCAAGCUUUAUGAUAUUCUAGGCGUUUCGCCAAACGCGACAGAAGCACAGCUCAAGAAAGCCUACAGAGUGGGUGCUCUCAAGUUCCACCCAGACAAGAACCCCUCGCCAGAAGCUGCCGAAAAGUUCAAGGACAUCUCUUCUGCCUAUGAGGUGUUGAAUGAUGCUGAAAAGAGAGAAAUCUACGAUAACUACGGUGAGGAAGGACUUAACGGUGGUGGACCAGGAGGCAUGGGAGGAGGAAUGGACUCAGACAUUUUCUCCCACUUCUUUGGUGGAAUGUUCCCAGGAGGCCAACAAAGAGGUCCUCAGGGUCCUCAGAGAGGCCAGGAUAUCAAGCAUGUGAUUUCGUGCACCCUGGAGGAGCUUUACAAGGGUCGUGACGCCAAACUGGCUUUGAGGAAAACCGUCCUGUGUAAGUCGUGUGAGGGUCGUGGUGGUAAGGCAGGCAGUGUCAAGAAGUGUACUGGAUGUGGUGGUUCGGGAACUAAGUUCAUCACCAGACAGAUGGGUCCAGUCAUCCAGAGGAUGCAGGCUGUGUGUGAUGAGUGUAACGGAUCUGGAGAUAUCAUUCCUCCAAAGGACCGUUGUACCGUCUGUAACGGUAAGAAGACCACCCAAGAGAGAAAGAUCCUCGAAGUGCACAUCAGUGCCGGUAUGCGUUCUGGUGAAAAGGUUGUCUUCCGUGGAGAAGGUGACCAGGGUCCAGACAUCAUUCCGGGAGACGUUGUUUUUGUGAUUGAGGAGAAGCCACAUCCAAACUUCCAGAGACAGGGAGACGAUCUUUACUACAAUGCCAAGGUGGAUCUUUUGACCGCGUUGGCUGGCGGUGAAUUUGUCGUGAAACACAUCUCUGGCGACUGGCUCAAGGUGGACAUCAUUCCAGGUGAGGUCAUUGCUCCAGGCACCUUCAAGGUGAUCGAGGAUCAGGGUAUGCCAGUUUACCGUUACGGUGGUCACGGUCACCUUUUCGUGAAGUUUGAUGUUGAAUUCCCAAAGAACAACUUUGCUACCGAGGAACAGCUCCAAUCGUUGGAAAAGAUUCUGCCCCCAAGACCAAAGGUGGACAUUCCAAAGGAUGCCAUUGUCGACGACGUCAUCCUCGCCGAUACCGACGAAACCAAGCACCGUACCAGACAGAGACCUGAAGAGGAGGAUGAUUACGAAGGUGCCGGCCCAGGAGUCCAGUGUGCUCAGCAAUAA